GCUUUCCUGCUUGGAGGGCGGAUAGCUAUGGCUGCUGCUAUUGGUUACUUUUGACAUCUGUGCUCUCAUCCGCUCAUUUGAUUGGUCUGUUGACUGCUCAGGCGGGAUUUUGCAACGCGGGACAACGCUUCUGGAGGCGCACACACUUCAGAUCAGAGGACCCUCUCGGCUAGAAGGAAACGAAUCAUCAUCUUCAUAUCUUACUGUAUCUUUUGAUACUUUUUAGCGAAGGACAGAAAAGAGAUACUUUUUUUUAACCCUGUUUGGAAAUGAAGGACAUAUUCACUCCCGAUUGAGAAGGCGCACUUAUUUAUGACUUUCAUUUAUUGAGUUCUAAAGUUACUUGCAGCUUUCAGUCUGUGCUUUGGUGGAGGUUUGACGUCCAUACAAUGGCCGAAAACAAGCACCCACACGUCAUUUUUUGCAACGACUCGCCGAAAAGAGUUUUGGUGUCUGUCAUUAAGACCACGCCGAUCAAGCCGAGGAAAACAGAGGCCCUGACACCGACAAGCCCCGGCUUCAGCGACUUCAUGGUCUACCCGUGGAAAUGGGGGGAGAACGCCCACAAUGUGACUCUGAGCCCGGGCUCAAUGAGCGGGGCUUCAUCACCUACCGGGACCCAGACAGCCAGGGAGGUGGACAUGGAAUCCUCACCUGACCAGAUGAGGGAUGGAAUACGCAGAGGCCGUCCACGGGCUGAUACUGUCCGGGAGCUCAUCAGUGAAGGGGAGACUUCAUCAAGCCGCAUUCGGUGUAACAUCUGCAACCGAGUGUUUCCCAGAGAGAAGUCUCUGCAGGCUCACAAGAGGACGCACACUGGAGAGAGGCCAUAUCUGUGUGACUACCCAAACUGUGGGAAGGCAUUUGUCCAGAGUGGUCAGCUGAAGACACACCAGAGGCUGCACACUGGAGAGAAACCUUUUGUCUGCUCUGAGAAAGGAUGUGGCAAUCGGUUCACACAUGCUAACCGUCACUGCCCAAACCAUCCUUUCUCCCGUCUGAAGAGAGAGGAACCAAAAGAGGGCCAGGGGAAGGCUCAGUCUGUGGAUAACAAGGCUGUUGCAGAAUGGCUGGCAAAGUAUUGGCAAACUCGUGAGCAGCGUGCCCCGACAACCACCAAGGUGAAGGCACAGGGAAAAGGGAGAGCAGAGGACCAGGAGCAGCAGGAUCCCAUGGAGUUCCUCGACUCUGAUGAAGAGAAUGGGGAAGAGGACGAGCCCAUAGAGGAGGAGAAGGGCAGCCAGGGAGGAGGAGGAGCAGCAGGAGGAGGGGCUGCCAAGCGCCGCUUACAGGAGCAACGAGAGCGUCUCCACGGUGCCCUGGCACUCAUCGACCUGGCCAACAACCUGUCUGCCUGAACACCCACUCCCUUCUCCUGGACUCCCCCCUUCCCUGUCCCUUAUUUUACCUCCAUUCCCAACCCGCCUUCCUGCUGUGUGCUGUAGUGAAAAAAAGCUCCUAAAUGCAGAUCAAUGACUAGUUAGGUUUAGUCAAUCAAGUUGUGAAACCAGACUUUGAAAGAGAGCACAAUUGGCCUGAGAUCAGUGUUAACGCAAGUCACCAACUACUCCCCCUCACAGCAGCAGGAAGGCACAAGCUAAAGCACCUUAUUCAGCUUCCAUUUUAUCCCUUUAGGCUGCUAUAAUUGUAGAUUUGACAACAUGAAGAAUGUCUCUCUCUCUUCUGUCUUCUAAAGGCAAAAGAAAGAGUGUUUAAUUUGUUUUGUUUGCACUUUGAUGGUAACGAGUUUUUUAAGUAUAUUAUGAGUGUGUAUGACUGAUGUAUAUAUGGUUUAAGCUCAGAUGGACAGAAUGAUACAGGGUGUGGUUCUACAUAGGAAUUAUUAAGUAGCAUUCCAACUAUCAAGAUGGCCCAUGCUCAUCAUGCCCGCAGGUUUCAUCUCCAGCAUUGUAAGCACAAUUUCUACUGCCACUGAUGACAGCAGUGGUGGAAGGAAUGACUCAGAAAGGCACUGAUAGUUUUAUCCUCACUUGACAAACACUUUUAAAAGAGUGUGCAGAAGGCGAGGAUGGAACAAAAGAAGUCAGAUGAGCUGAAUCGGUCUGGCAUGGUCUUUUUUUUUUUAAAUGCAACAAAGAGUCGAACAUUGCAAGCCUGAUCCACAUGUCUGGUUAGUCACAAAAUCCAAACUUUGACUGAUUCAGCACUUGACUCAUGGCUCUGUCUACAUCAAAUUACCAGAGUCACAUGAGAAAAGUUCAUCCCAUUUUCUUUUUUACAAUAUCUAAAUAUCAUUUAAAAACAAGCCAUUUUCAUUUGAACAACUGCUUCCUACAUAGAGCCAACAAACUUACAGCCCUUAAGUUGCUUCCUAACCAGAGCCCAUAUUUUUUUAUAUGUAUGUCCGUCACUUUUUAUAUUAAAAGGUGGCAGUCAAAGGUUUUGUUCUGACAUUAAAUUAAUUGUUAUGGUUCAUUUCUUCCAGAAAACACUUGACAGCCCUCAGAAUUUGAUGUCUUAAGGAACACCCUUUGGCCGCAUCAAAAAUCCAAGUUUAGAGUUCUCAACAUGGUGAUGAACAUCCUAUUGAUUUCAAUUUAGCACUUAUUUUGAAUCUUGGACUAAGCUUGCAAUGCACUGGAGAUUAAAUUUGUCAUACAGUAUAAGCAAACAGCACCUGUUCUCCAUUAACUGAUGUGUGUAGUGCUGGGUGUUUUCCUUUUACUUUAAAGCAACACUACAUCUUUCAACACUGUAUGAAUCCCGUCAUAACUACCCUGCCUCUGGUUGUUUUUUGGGGGGGAAUCCCGUAGAAGCAACCUGUCGCUCUGUUACUCAAGCUAAGUAUGAAUAUUUGAUUGACAAAUCACCCUUUUUGGAGUUAUGGUGAAACUGGAAGGCUAGUUUAAUAUUGAUAAUCAAAACACCAAAUGAUUUAUUGUACCCAAUCAUAGUAUAUUUUGAAGCAUUUCUAACCCUUAGUCUAUUUUUUGGUUUGACAAGAGUAUGGCAUUUAAUAUAUAAACGUGUUUGUUAGAUUGUGCACAAGUUGUGGAGAGCUUUGAAGUUGUAUUUUUAGUUUGUUUUUCCCUGCUAACAUCCUCCGACAGUUUUUGUGUUUCUGACAAAUAUAGAGCUUGCUUGGUAGACAUUUUAUUCCACAUUUCAAAGAUAAGAUCUCUCUUGACAGACUGUCCACAGUUUCAUAACUGCUGGUCUUCAAUAAACAUUCACUCAACAUACUGUUAA